AUGUCAUCCUCUUCAUCCGAUGAAGUCGAAGAAAGACUGGAUGAAUUAUUCGAUGAAAUCGUCGAAGAUACAUACAACGACAUUAUGGAGGGCCAAACCUAUAAGCAAAGGAAACGUGCUUACAUAGAACGAAACCGUGAAGCCGGACACAACCGUUUAUGGAAUGACUAUUUCAGCGAAGAAGCGACAUUCUCGACACAUUUAUUCAGACGUCGUUUCCGCAUGAGUAAGGAAUUAUUCAUGCGUAUUGUCCAUGCCCUCUCAGAGAACGUUCCUUUCUUUCGACAAAGAAGAGAAGCAACCGGGAGGUUGGGCCUGUCUCCACUACAAAAAUGUAUGGCAGCUGUUCGUCUGCUUGCUUAUGGUUCUGGGGCUGACACGGUAGACGAAUAUCUUCGACUUGGAGAAAGCACGGCACUUUCGUGUCUACACCAUUUCACUGAAGGAAUAAUACUGUUAUUUGGAGAUGAGUAUCUACGAAGACCCACACCAGAGGAUCUUCAACGACUCCUCGAUAUUGGAGAGAAGCGCGGGUUUCCCGGGAUGGUAGGAAGCAUUGACUGUAUGCAUUAG